AUGAUUAGUGGUCUUUGUAAAUCAUUCCAAAAAAUUUCAAUCCAAAGAGGAUUCGAAUUUUCAAAUUCAUUAAAAUAUACAACCACAACAACAACAACAACAGUACAAAAAAAAACAGCAGCACAAUUAUUUGCAGAUAAAACUAUUGAAGUUCCAGUUUUAAAUUUUAAUGAUAAAUUGAGCCCAAUAGAAAAUAUUCAAUUAUCAAAAGAUGUAUUUUCAGUACCAUUAAGAGUUGAUUUAUUACAUAGAAUGGUUAGAUAUCAAAGAGCAAAGUCUCAACAAGGUACACAUCAAGCACUUAAUAUGGGUAGAAUGGAGAGAACAAAUAAAAAACCAACCCGUCAAAAGGGUUCUGGUAAUGCAAGAAAAGGUACUAAUCAUUCAGUUCACUUUAGAGGUGGUGCUAGAACGUUUGCACCAACUAUGCGUUCACAUGCUCAUGAUCUUCCAAGAAAGGUUAGAAAAUUAUGUUUAAAAGUUGCACUUUCAACUAAAUUAGCACAAAAUAAAUUAGUUGUUGUUGAUGGAUUUAAUUUAGAAUCACAUAAAACCAAAGAAUUACUUUCAAAAUUACCAAAAGAUUGGGGUCGUACAUUAUUAGUUGAUAGCGAGAUUUCAGAUUUUUUAAACAAAUCAAGUUUAAAUGUUCAAAAAAUUGAUACAUUACCACAACUUGGUUUAAAUGUAUAUACAAUCCUUCAAAAUGAUACUUUAGUUUUAACAAAAUCUUCUGUUGAAGCUUUACAAGCAAGAUUAACUGAAUCCGAUAAUUAA